GGUGGUAUUGAGGGAAGCCUGUCUCUUUAAGAGCCAGUCCUUGGGCAGGUUGGCUUGUUGAGUGGGGAGGUGGAACCUUAUCUGCUUCUACAAACAAGCAUUUCUAUCAACAAAACGUGUCUCACUAGCAGGCUGAUCUUGAGGGUGUGCAUAUCUACGAGACUGGAUAGUGAAGUUGUGCUCGAUUUUCUUUUACAUUACUUCCUAAUGGUGUAUGUGUGAUAUGUGAGUCCCGUUUCAUCAGCACCUGAGGUUUGCAACACUCUGCUGGAGGGGCCACCAACAGCUCAGGUGUGUCACAUCUGUUUGUCAAUUGUCUGCACCAUGAAACUCACUGUAGUUCUGCUGCUCUGUGGCUGUGGUGUGCUAUUUAAACACAGAUGUGAAGCCCAAGAAACAUCUCCAACACCCUCAGUCAGUAACUGCACGUGUGAACUUGGUCAUGGAAAAUGUGCUGAAAACGGUGAUUGCAGGUGUGAUCCGGGAUGGGGUGGACCGCGUUGUGAUGACUGCGUGCGAAUGCCCGGAUGUGUCCAUGGCUCCUGCCAUCAGCCCUGGCAGUGCACCUGCAUGGACGGGUGGGCGGGGCGAUUCUGUGACAAAGAUAUUUACGUGUGCUCCAGAAAGCAGCCGUGUCAGAAUGGGGCUACCUGUGUCUUGAAUGGCUCUGGGGAUUACAGCUGCUUAUGUCAUGAAGGCUUUCAUGGGCGGGACUGUGAACUGAAAACCGGGCCUUGCCAAAAGACUAAGUCCCCCUGCAAGAAUGGUGGCCUCUGUGAGGAUCUGGGUGGUUACGCUCCAGAACUGUCUUGUCGAUGCCUGGCUGGCUUCACGGGGCCCCGCUGCGAGACCAACAUGGAUGACUGCCUGAUGCGGCCCUGUGCCAACGGCGCCACCUGUCUGGAUGGCGUGAACCGUUUUUCCUGCCUGUGCCCUGCAGGUUUCAUCGGCCGUUUCUGCACCAUCAACCUGGACGACUGCGCCAGCCAGCCCUGCCUCAACGGAGGACGCUGUAUAGACCGAGUCUCCACCUUCCAGUGCUUCUGCGCUCCAGGUUACACUGGAAGAACAUGCGAGAUUCCCGUCUGGGAGUCAGGACCUCAAGCUGUGUCUCCGUUCAGGGGUGAAGGAGACAGAGUUACUCAAGUCAGUCGCUCCCACUGGACCACUCCUAGUGGGGAGGAGAGACGCUCGUUCAAAAUCUCAGUGGUGACUCAGCAUGGGGCGGAAGGGCUGUCAGAGCUGCAGCUCAUCAUCCUGCUGGUGUUGGGGGGCAUGACUUUGGCCGUGGUGGCGCUAACAGGUGGUCUGGUGCUGCGCGGACAUUGCCAAGACCGAUCGGCUCGCUGUCGGUGCAGACCGGCCCCCGCUCAUCAUCGCCCAUUCCACCGAUGUCGGACAAACCUUCCGCCUGCGCAACAGGAAUGCAAGAUCAGCUUCCUCCAGUCUCCGGCUCCAGCUGAGCUCGAGAAGAAGAGGCUGAACACCAACAUCAUUUAGCCUCAGAGAUCACGCAGCUGCUCUUGUUGAAGUAAAAGGCCACUUCUGACCUCUCAAAAGAUAAAGACGGUACUCAGGAAUCUGAGAGUUGGUCGCUGGAAAAAUAAAAAAGUCAUUAUUCAGAGUGAUUACAUGGAAGUAAAUAACCAAUAAGUAGUUUAUUUUAAUCAGAGAUGCCACAGGUGAGGCAUGUACUGCUGAGGGAACAUUAGGUCAGUUAGAGUCGAUCAAUAGUGCUUUUACCUGCUCUUGGAAAAUUAUUCCAAAGAUAAGAAAGACUUGUUUGUGUAAUAUUUCAUCAAAAAUGUAAUAACUUGCUCUGCCACUGAAAAACAUUUUGGCUGAUCUCACCAAGCAAUAUUUUUGAUGAAAACCCUGAACCGCAGAGAGUCUAUUUCCUUCCCCCAAUUUUUUUUUUUUUUUUUUUCUGUAUUUUUGGUCUUUAACCUUUUUUAUUCAAUAAAGGCAAAACUUGUUAGCUUGCUAGCUAACAGCAAUCAUGUAACACCAACCUUAGCCACCAGAUGGCAAGAAAAUGUUCACACAGAAAAAAAAUCAACUUUAAAUAAGGUUAGUUAACAUUAACAAUGAAAAAUGUAUUAACAAUGUUCAUUUCAAAAUCAGUAACUGAAUUCAAAAGUAUCUGUUAAUAUUAUUUAAUAGGCCUAAGCUAACCUGAACUAACAAUAAACAGUUGUAUUUUUAUAAACAUUAACAAAGAUGAAUCAAUAUUGUAACAAAUGUAUUGCUCAUUGUUAAUAUUAGUUAACACAUUUACUAUUGCUAACUAAUGGGCUCUUGCUGUAAAGUAAAAUCAAAGUACAGUUAAAAAACAAACAAACAAAAAAAAAACAAAUGAGAGAAUUAUUUUAGAGGAAACAGACUCACAUUGUGUUUCAGGGCUUUUUUAAUUUUCAUAUAGAGAGCACUUUUUAACAUCCAAUCAGUUAUGACACCCUUCCCCUUUUCUUGUUUUAAUAUACUGUAUAACCUGGAAAUACAGUGCGUCACAUUAUGAAGGUAAGGUGGGAUGCAGAUGCUGUUUCAGGUUGACUUCAGGGUACACACAGCCUGGGAGCUACUGUAUUUGUUGAUAUGAUGUCUGUACUCAGAGAGUAAGCAGUAGCACUAAUGGGCCACAUGUAAAAUAAAGGGAAGCACUAAACCACCCAAAUAUAUCAAAACUUCCAUUAAGUGUUACAUUAGUACUGUAUGUAUAUAAUCAAGCCACGUUGCUAAAAGUGCUUUUAAUUUCAGAUGUUGUGUAGCCAUUUUCACCAAGUGUUCAAACUGUAAAAUAUUUCAGUGUGAGUGAGUAUAUGCCAAGUAGGUUUUAUUCUUUUGAAUUGUUGCUUUAUGAACGUUUUUUUAAACGACAGUUUAACGUUCCCUUUAACAUUAUAGUGAUGCUCUUUUAAGCAGGUUAGUGAUAUAAAUUCUAUGGGAAUGAUUUUUGUGAUACAUAACAAUACAUUAACAGCAGUAUUCUUAAGUGUAAAUAUUAUUUAUUUAUGUAAUUUAUUGGUGAAAUGUACAUUUGUUUUGUAUUGUUGUGUAUUUUUAUACAGAUCUGUAUGUAUUAAAGUUUUGAACUGUGUAAUGGUAGAACUAUGCCUAAAUCACUCAUAAUCAUAAACUACAAAAAUGUCUUUGUAUAACAGCUGCUAUGACGAAAUGAAUUUCUCUAUGCAGCUCACUCCAUCCCCUUUAGCCCUGAAUUUGACCGUCACAUAAUGCAUGACAAACAUCCUAAAGACGGCUGUGUCACCUCAGCUACUAUCACAG